CUGACUGGUCCGCAGAGCCAUGCCAGGAGGAGGGGAAGGAGGAGGAGGCCUGGCAGCCCACGCAGUUGCUCUGGCGGUGGAACGGUUCCAAAAAAACAGAGAAAAGAGAGAGUCAGCAGUAUGACUGUUUACAAAAGACACCCAGGCUCCAGUUUCACGCGGAUCGUUGUAAAGAAGUACAGCAGAUCCGAGAGCAGCAUCCGAACAAAAUCCCGGUCAUCAUCGAACGCUACAAAGGGGAGAAGCAGCUGCCGGUGCUGGACAAGACCAAGUUCCUUGUCCCAGACCACGUCAACAUGAGCGAAUUGGUCAAAAUAAUCCGGCGUCGCUUGCAGCUGAAUCCCACCCAGGCUUUCUUCCUGCUGGUCAACCAGCACAGCAUGGUGAGCGUGGCGACUCCCAUCUCGGAGAUCUACGAGCAGGAGAAGGACGAGGAUGGCUUCCUCUACAUGGUCUAUGCUUCCCAGGAGACCUUUGGCUACUGAGACCUGCCAAGAGGUGGCAGGCGAGGUUGGAUGAACUGUGGUGCACAGGCCCCCGGCCUUGGAAGACAACACAACCGGAGGCUCACAAGAUGGGGACUGUGCUGACUCCCCUUCCUCUCCCUCCCUCCCCUUCCCAUCACCCCAUCACCAAAGAGGCUCGUGGCGUGUGUUGGACUCGCACAACCCUUCACGUCUGUGUAGAUUAGUCCCGCUCCCUCCACACAC